AUUGUUGUGCUUUUCCAUCUCCACAGGCUAAUCGAAUUUUUUGCAAAUAUUUUAAAAUGGUGACAUGUAAAAAAUUUGACGCAUAGCCAAGUUAGCCGAAGAACCUCUAAAAUAGUCUUUUCACCUAAUAAUCCUACAGAGAGACGACUGGUUCGAGGGCAACAUUUUGAGAACCCUAGUUUUGUGAAGAAGGAAAAUCAUCACGAAAAAUGGCUAUGAGGCAGUUCUACAAUCAGAUUAAGGGAACGAAGGUGAAGGAUGUGCCUGACGUGGUGAAACCGAUGCUGUCAAGGCAAUACAUUUCAAGCACCAUGAGCAAGGCUUUCGACAAUUACUACGCUAAAUACAUCCAGACCAGCUCGGUGGAGCCGCUUAACCAUAUUGUCUACGGCGGCCUCUUAUUCUCUUAUCUGGUUGCUCUGCCUGAGGAGCGUCGACAUCUCGAGCACCAGAAACACAGCAAGGAGCAUGGUCAUUAAUUUCAAGAGUUAUAUGGAGGAUGAGCUUCUUUUUGCUCACUCUUAUUCAAAUUGAUGGUUUACAAUUCAAGAUAUUUGCCUGCUCUCAAGCGAUAAGCUUUGAUACAGUUGUUUUCCCAAAGCCCACUUUUAUAAAUAUUAUGGAUUGUGGCACAUUUAAAUAAUGGUAAACCUAUUUUUUUUUCACAGUCUGCGCUAAAUAUCUUGUUUUUGAGAUUCCAUUGAAUACAAUAAAGUUUAUUAUGUUA